GUAGCAUUGAUUUCUCUUCCACGACCAAGCUCCUGCCAUGGCAGAUCCCAACCCCAGUUUCUUCAAAGGCUACUGCAAUCGUUCUCGCUUCUCCUCCAACUAUCCUCCUCCUCUUCCUCUCUCCCUGUUCCCUACCUACAACUUAGUCGACUGUAACUUCCUUCACCUUCGAUCCCCACCACCCUCCCCUCCCCUCAGAGAAGCCCUCCCCCUUCUCGGUCUCAGUCCAACAAGGCACCACCGACAGGAAGAAUCCUCAUCCUCCUGCAGCGCCUUUCCGGAAGGCGAGGGCGGUGGGAGUUGCACUGGUGGUGACAACGAGAAGAAAAGCUUGAAGGAUGGAGAAGAUGAGCAAGGGGCCGUGGCAGUGUCCCUCCAUAUAGGCCUCCCGAGCUCCGGCGCAGCUGACCUUAUCUCCGGGGUCUCCUCUACUAUGCUAAAUGAUGGAGAAGGGCCUGAAGAAGAUGGUGGUGGUGGUGAUGCAAUUCCUUCAGGUUACCCUAUCAUAGGGAGGCUUAUCAAGGGCCAAUACUGGAUUCCCACUCCUUCUCAGAUCCUUACAGUUCUUUCCCAGUUUUCUUGUCCGGUGUGCUGCAAGACCUUCAACCGAUACAACAACAUGCAGAUGCACAUGUGGGGUCAUGGACAACAGUAUAGGAAGGGGCCGGAGUCGCUGAGGGGCGCGCAGCCGACGGCGAUGCGGCGGCUGCCGUGCUACUGCUGCGCGCCCGGGUGCAGGAACAACAUCGACCACCCGAGAUCAAAGCCACUCAAGGACUUCAGGACUCUCCAGACCCACUACAAGAGGAGGCACGGGAUCAAGCCUUUCGCGUGCUGCAAGUGCGGCAAGGCGUUCGCGGUGCGAGGGGACUGGCGAACCCACGAGAAGAACUGCGGGCAGCUGUGGUACUGCACUUGUGGGUCGGAUUUCAAGCACAAGAGGUCCCUCAAGGACCACAUUAAGGCGUUCGGCCAUGGCCAUGCAGCCUAUGGAAUCGACUGUGCCGAGGAGGAGGACGAGCCGUCGUCUGAGAUCGAGCAAGACCAUGAUCACCACCACCAUGAUUAUUCCUUGUAGCUUCAUAGCGUCUUCAACGACUCUUCCUUUGUUCUUGGGUCCAUUCCGUUUAGCUCAUGUUCAUGUUUUGUGUUCCUCAUGGAUGUACAAGUAUUAGACUCAUACGCAA